GGGUACUGAGAUAUCGCAAACAUCAGGAGUCCCUAAAUCCGACCUUUUCUCCGUAACCAAACCAAACGACCGGACCAUUCCCACUAUCGACUAAGCUAUCACGAUAACGAACAUUCCGACUAUAUCAACACCAUCAGCACCAUAACUACCAUAACCACCAUCCCUUUACUCAAAUUAAUCUACACAACAUGGCGGACAUCGAUAUGACCGACGCACCUAGCACCUCCGCGGUGGCUAAGAAGGGUCGCAAGGGCGUUGACACGGAUAGCAAGAACGAAGAGAAGAAACGUUUUGAAGUCAAAAAGUGGAACGCUGUAGCUCUAUGGGCAUGGGACAUAGUUGUCGACAACUGUGCCAUCUGCCGUAAUCAUAUCAUGGACCUAUGCAUCGAAUGCCAGGCAAACCAAGCCUCUGCUGCCAGCGAGGAGUGUACCGUGGCUUGGGGCAUCUGCAACCACGCGUUCCACUUCCACUGUAUCUCACGAUGGCUUAAAGCACGUCAAGUCUGUCCGCUAGACAACCGAGACUGGGAGUUCCAGAAAUACGGACGUUAGGUUGGAGGGGAUAUAUCUACACGGGCAGUAUCGUAAGGGCAAUUUCGACUUCAAUCAUCAUUCCAUCCUAUUUCUGGUGACAUCAUCGCCUAGAAUGCAACAAGGAUGCUUCACGUCACAUACUUGGGCCACACUUAUGGUGGU